AUGGGACCCAUUUCGAAAAUCUCUAACAUACUGCAAGCAACAACACCUAGCUACCAGGAAACGUUUGAUGUUUUUCGCAUGUUCAUGGAGAUUUGCGGUUUAAAUUUUUUCGACGAUAAUUUUGCGGUAGGCUUUAUAAACUUCACCAGGUUUGUGGUACCGCCGGUAAGCGGAUUGUUCAGCGUAGUCGCAUGCAUCAUUCAUUUGAUUCGAUACAUGGGGGACGUAGAUUCGACCAUUCUAAGCCUUGCAGCGUUUUUCUCUGCAUGUGAAGUGAUUGUUAAGAUUUGUGGAAUGGCAUACAAACGUUCAAAAGGACUCAAGCUGAUGUCUACCGUUCUGGACGAUAGAAGCUACGAGGAUGGACCUACUGAAAAAGCUGCUUUCCUCAAGUAUCACACGUUGGCAAGGACUCUGAUGUACAUUACGAUUGUGUCUUAUCCAUUCACGGCGCUUAUGUUACUGUCGUAUCCGGCUGUUGCAAGAAAGCUGAACGAGUACAUGCUUCCAGUAGGGUACUCGAUUCCGUUCAUCAGCCAUAAGCAGCAGCCCUGGUAUGCGAUCAAUUACUGUAUCAUAUUCGUUCAGAUGACUUGGUGUGCACUGGCUUUUGUGGGAAUUGAUGGUCCCUUCUAUAUCUACGUUUGCUACUCAACCUGUAAGCUAGAGAUUCUCAAGAGCUACAUUGGAAAGAUCGGCGAAUCCGAGAAUAUUAAAGAGCAACGGAAUUUAUUAAGAAAAAUCAUUAGGAUUCAUACCGAUGUGCUGAAGUUUUCGAGAGAUUGCUCCGAUUUCUACCAGGAAAUUUAUUUAACUCAAGUUCUAUUUUCAAUCGCUCAUAUUUGCGUGUCACUUUUUCAUAUUCAACUGGUACUCAUAAACAGUUCCUAUGGAAUGUUACUGACAAACGUGGCCAAAAUGUGGAUUUUCUGCUACUGUGGUGAACUAGUUGUUACCAAGUCCAACGAGGUAUCAGAGGCUAUGUACAACAAUCAAUGGUACGCACUUUGGCACAAACAGGAUCUCAAGGCCGUUCAGUUUAUGCUCGCCAAUGCGCAACGUACUGUUGGAUUUUCGAUUGGAGGAUUUGGCAUUUUAUCGUACACAACGUUCACUGAGAUCAUGAAAACUGCAUACAGCUGCAAUGCGUUCCUACACAAUAUGAUGAAUUAA